CGGCGCUGACAGCGGAGUCGGCUCGCGGCCUCCCGCCCCCUCGGCUCCCGGCGCUGCCCCCGGCCUGGCCCGGCCCGGAGCCAUGAGCCCCGGGCUGCUGCUGCUCGGCAGCGCCGUCCUGCUCGCCUUCGGCCUCUGCUGCACCUUCGUGCACCGCGCUCGCAGCCGCUACGAGCACAUCCCCGGGCCGCCGCGGCCCAGUUUCCUUCUAGGACACCUCCCCUACUUUUGGAAGAAGGAUGAGGCCUGUGGCCGAGUGCUCCAGGAUGUGUUUUUGGAGUGGGCUAAGAAGUACGGGCCUGUGGUGCGCGUCAAUGUCUUCCACAAAACCUCCGUCAUCGUCACGAGCCCGGAGUCUGUCAAGAAGUUCCUGAUGUCAACCAAGUACAACAAGGACUCCAAGAUGUACCGUGCCCUCCAGACCGUGUUCGGGGAGAGGCUGUUUGGCCAGGGCUUGGUGUCCGAAUGCGACUACGAACGGUGGCACAAGCAGCGGAAAGUCAUGGACCCAGCUUUCAGCCGGAGCUCCCUGGUCAGCUUGAUGGAAACAUUCAACGAGAAGGCCGGGCAGCUGGUGGAGAUCCUGGAGGCCAAGGCAGAUGGGCAGACCCCGGUGUCCAUGCAGGACAUGCUGACCUGCGCCACCAUUGACAUCCUGGCCAAGGCAGCCUUCGGGAUGGAGACCAGCAUGCUGCUGGGUGCCCAGAAGCCUCUGUCGCAGGCGGUGAAAGUGAUGCUGGAGGGCAUCAGUGCGUCCCGCAACACUCUUGCGAAGUUCCUGCCGGGCUGGAGGAAGCAGCUGCGGGAGAUCCGCGAGAGCAUCCGCCUCCUGCGCCAGGUGGGCAAGGACUGGGUCCAGCGGCGCCGAGAGGCCCUGCAGCGGGGCGACAGCGUCCCCGUGGACGUGCUCACGCAGCUCCUCAAAGCUGAAGAGGGGGCCCGGGACGACGAGGUCCUGCUGGACAACUUUGUCACCUUCUUCAUUGCCGGUCACGAGACUUCUGCCAACCACUUGGCCUUCACGGUGAUGGAGCUGUGCCGCCAGCCAGAGAUCGUGGCGAGGCUGCAGGCUGAGGUGGAUGAGGUCAUUGGUUCUAAGAGGCACCUGGACUACGAGGACCUGGGCAGACUGCAGUACCUGUCUCAGGUCCUCAAGGAGUCGCUGAGGCUGUACCCCCCAGCCUGGGGCACCUUCCGCCUGCUGGAAGAGGAGACCCUGAUCGAUGGGGUCAGAGUGCCCGGCAACACCCCCCUCUUGUUCAGCACCUAUGUCAUGGGGCGCAUGGACACCUACUUUGAGGACCCGCUGACUUUCAACCCCGACCGCUUUGGCCCUGGAGCACCCAAGCCUCGGUUCACCUACUUCCCCUUCUCCCUGGGCCACCGCUCCUGCAUCGGGCAGCAGUUUGCUCAGAUGGAGGUGAAGGUGGUCAUGGCCAAGCUGCUGCAGAGGCUGGAGUUCCGCCUGGUGCCCGGGCAGCGCUACGGGCUGCAGGAGCAGGCCACUCUCAAGCCACUGGACCCCGUGCUGUGCACCCUGCGGCCCCGGGGCUGGCAGCCCGCACCCCCACCGCCGCCCUGCUGACUCCUCCCACCGCGCCGUCCACGCCGACCUCCGCUGCCCUGGCCGCCCGCGCCCUGUCCCCUCCCUGGCCCCUCUGCCCUGGCUCCCGCCAGCCCUGUGCCGCCACGACUGCCUGCUUCACGCCCUCAGUGCCCCUGUCGCCUGUGGCUGCGAGGCCUCCCUGGCGGUCCUCUGAUUCCACUGCCACCGAGGGCUCCCCGCUCCCCCAGCUCUGCACCAGCCGCUCACUCAGACGCCCUAAUUCUUGCCCACACCCUGCAGCCUCUCCAAGUGCCCCGUUCCCCAGGAAGCCCUCCCUGUCGCCCACCCGGGCCGGGGUCCUUCCCUUGUGUCCCCUGUGCUACCUCUAACACCACACUGACCGCACUGUACCGUGAGUAUCCACCGUCGUGACCCACGCCCCGAGGGCAGGGUCCGAGUGUGCUUCGCCUCCGACCCCUCAGCUGCAGGGGCCUGGCACAGAGUCGACGCCCAAUAAACGUGUGUUGACUGCAUGAA